AUGCAACUUUCUACAUCAGAUGAAAUAUAUGUUAAAGAAAGCAUUAAAAAUAAAAAUAACAAAUCAUACUGCUCUUUAUUGCCAGAACCUCCGCCACCUAUUAUGAAUAAGCCCAAUGCUAAAAUUUUUUUAAAAGAAGUUAUAGAAACUAAGUUGCAAGCUACUAGGGUGAAGUUGCUAGAAUCAGUGGACAAAGUGGUUACACUGGAUAAUAAACUAAAAGAUAAAAUCGAGUAUACUAAUUUGCUUGAUAGUUUAAAAAAGAUUGGUGGUGGAAAGCCAAGAGAACAUGUUUUUUUGAUCAUGAAAAGGUUAUUUUCGAAUCAGUUACAGUCCAAACUAAAUCGAAAAGGAAAUAGGGAAAAGAUAAGCUUAGAAAAUCUAGUAAAUAUAUGGAGUGUUUUACGAGAUAUCGGCGACGUGGAAGAAAAUGUUGACGGCAAUGCAGAAAAAUAGUUUCUUAUGUAUAUUUUUGUGAAAUAAAAAUUAAGUAAUGUUAGUUAAAA